AUGCGCAUCACAGCGGAGCUGAUCAACAACUCCUUGUCCUACCUCAAUCCUCUCAAAGAGCGCGAACUCGACCUUCGAGGUCACAAGAUCCCCGCCAUCGAGAACCUCGGCGUCGUCGCCAAAGACCACGAAUGCAUUGACUUUACCGAUAACGACAUCUCCACCCUCGCCAACUUCCCCCUCACUCCCCGACUGCAGACAUUACUGCUUGCGAGAAACCGAAUCGCCAGCAUCCAACCCAAUCUGAGCAAGAGCUUGCCGAACUUGAGGGCAUUGGUCCUGACGGAGAACCAUGUCGCGGAAUUGGCAGACCUGGACCCGUUGCAGGGUUUCGCUAAGCUCACGCACCUGAGCCUUAUGGGCAAUCCCGUUGUGGGCAAAGAGCACUACCGCUACUACCUCCUCUGGCGGUGCCCCCAAAUUCGUUUCUUAGACAUGCAAAAAGUCAAGGAUGCCGAGCGCAAGAAGGCCGUGGAGCUCUUUGGUACUCCCGACGCUCCCACGGAACUCGCAAAGUCGAUUGCCGCCGUCCGAUCAAAGGGCCCCGCCAGCUUUACCGCCGCAUCCACCAUCAAUGGAGUGAACAGGGGCAAGAAGUUGAAGAUUACCGAUCAGGAAAAGAGACGAUUCGAGCGGGCAGUAAAGCAGGCAUCCUCCCUCGCAGAGGUGCAGAGACUGGAGAAGGCUCUGGCAGAAGGGCGACUCCCCGCUGGUGUGGGAGAUGAGGAUGGCAUGGAUGAGACAUGA